GGCCAAGUUUCCUGGGGACCACGAGUUAACACGCCAUGGUCUACCCUCUGCAACCGAGUUUCAUUGGAUAAUCACUCGUUUCCCGCCAAUGAAGCCCUCCUUGGCGCGCUAACACAGAGAGACAAAAAGAAAUAGAAAAUGAUGUUAAAAAAAAAGAAAAUUCAGAUCAGUUACUACUUCUAUUUUCCAUUACGAACAUAAAGUGGAUUUCUAGUGAGAGAGAGAAAGAAUGGAGAUAGUCAAGCCUCAAUGGAAGAAACCUCCUCCAUCUGCAAACGACGUAGUUUCCACCCUCCCUCUCUACCGCUCCGCCCCCCCUCUCGAAGUCAGAUUGGAAGAUUUCGAGCUCUACGCCAUCGAUCGCCUCCGCGUUUUAAAAGGUGUAUCUGACGGACUUUCUCGCGGAAAAAGACCGGAAGAAAUGGAGAAAUUAGUAAAUGAUUUGUGGAAAGCAAAUAUGAGGCAUCCACUGCCAUCUGAAGUUACUAACAAAGAUAUCAUAUCUCACUUCGUUUUACGUCUCGUCUAUUGUAGAACAGAGGAGCUGAGGAAAUGGUUCCUUUCCAAUGAGAUUGCACUUUUUAGAUACAGAUUUCGGCUUCUAUCACCCGAAGCUCAGAGGUUGCUUAUGGCCGAGUUUGAUCUUCCAUACAAGCCUGUUACCACUGCAGAAUUUGAGGGUGUAAAGGAAAAACUGCAUCUAGUUGCCCGAUCAACUGGUCAGCUUAAACCCACUGCAUCUGAUGCCAUAUUCUACAAGGUACCAUUUGAAGAAGUUCCUGAACUUGUGGCUGGUCGUAGAGUCUUCAUCUGCAAAGGCUAUGCUUAUGUUGCUAUGAAUCAGGUUGUUUCCCUUGUUGUUACCCAGUUCCGCGGUCUUCUAUCAAAAGCACUUGUUCUAACAAACAGAAAAUGGACAUCUACCAUCAGAGAACAAGAGAAGGAUCGCCUAACUCCUAUCGUGGAAACCCUAUGCACAAGCUAUCUGGGUCCUGACUAUUCUCAGCCCAAAGAAUUUGCUGAAGUAUCAAUUAAAGACAUUGACCAAGUAGCUAAGAGUUCAUUUCCCCUGUGCAUGCGUCACCUGUUUGAAAAACUCAGAGAAGAUCAUCAUUUAAAGCAUGGAGGGAGGAUGCAAUUGGGUCUCUUUCUCAAGGGUGUUGGAUUGAAAUUAGAUGACGCUCUUGCAUUCUGGAAAGCAGAGUUCUCCCAAAAGGUUGGAGCUGAGAGGUUUGACAAAGAAUAUGCAUACAGCAUUCGCCACAAUUAUGGAAGAGAAGGGAAGAGAACAGAUUAUACUCCUUAUUCCUGUCAAAAAAUAAUCUCAUCAACUCCUGGUGUCGGAGAUCAUCAUGGUUGUCCCUAUCGACAUUUCAGUGAGGAAAACUUGAGGGCUGCACUCAGCAGAAUGGGUGUAAAUAGUGGUGAAAUGGAGAAUGUAAUGGAUAAAGUGCGAAACAGACAUUAUCAGUUGGCUUGCACGUUGACAUUUGAAUCCAUUCAUGGUUCGUCAUAUGAUGCUGGGAUUAAUCAUCCUAACCAAUACUUCAGUGACAGCCAAAAGUUUUUCAAAUCUAAGAACAAUCCCUCUGGACAAGGAGAACCUUUGGACGACCGGUCACCUAUAUAGGUUUGUCAUUUUCUGGACCUAGAUUUCAUUCAAGCAAACCUAGCCUGAUAUUCCUCUCUGCUUGGAAAAAGAUUCAAACUUUUUCCACUAGUUGAUGUAGCUAAAAGAUGUUAUGUUUGUCCUAUUGUUGCAUGGAAUGCCCCUCUAUCUCCAAUUACUCAACAGUUGUGUUCUGGUAUGUCAAGGCCUACGCAAAGGCAGAGACAGGGUGGAUUUCAAUUGAACUAAUUUGACGGUGUCACCUUCAUUCUCAAGAACUGACCAAUUGGAACACAGAAGUGGUCGGCCCACCAUUUUCGCUCCAUAAAUUGGUUGGGUGGUUUAGCUGGAGGAUGUCCCACCUGGAACUUGGAAGGGCCAUGGUUUCUUGUCGAGUGAAAAAUUGUGAAAGAUGAUGUAUUAUGUGUGAAGGGGUUUCCUUAACAAACAGAAGUUUAGACGAAAAAAUUGAAGAAGAAGAAAUUGAGGGAUAGAGUUAAGGGUUUACACUGCUAAAAUGUCCAGUCUUAUUGCUUAAUGAACAUUUGCAAUGCUUUUAUACAUUUUAUUCCAGCUGCUAAGCA